UUCACCCCCCCACCAUGCUGCUCCUCACUGAUGCUUCUCCACCACUCUCUGGUUCCAGUUGGAUUCUUCCUGCAGAGGUUCCUAGUGAAAUGGUCUGUGUCUUGCUGCUGCAGUCUGGCUUCCUGAAGGAGGAGGCAUGCCAGAGACCUCACCACUGGGUGUGUCAGACCCCGCAGAGCAACAGGUUCUACGUGGAGGUCUCUGGGAAAUCCUUUUAUGGAAGCUUGUCUGUAGAGGGGAGCUUCUCCUCCCUGCCAGACGCCAAAGCACAAUGCACCUCACUGGGCAGGGGCUGCAGCGCGGUGGUCAGCAAGGCUGGCUCGUACUACCUCUAUCAUGGGACACGCUUGGUGAACCUGGAGGAUCCAGCCAUGGACCCAGCAGCUGCUGUGCAUAUCAAAGCAGGGUGUGUUCCGGGCUAUAUGGGGCAGGACUGUCAGUCCGAGUGUCCUGUGUGUGACGCUGGAGUGAGCUGCAGCCCCCUCACAGGCACCUGUGACGGCCUGUUGUACUCCAGACAGCACGAUGGCGCACAGGCAGCAGCAUACAUCUCUCUGAAAUGUCCUCCCUUCUCCGACUGGGUGUUCAAGGAUGGAUCCUGUGUGGUGUUGGAACACAAGGGCAGUCAGCAUGAAGCGGAGCCCAUUUGCAGAAGGUAUCUGGCUGCUGAAGUCCUGGAAAUCAAGCCUGCCCCAGACCUGCUCUGCGGGACCCCUUAUGAAGGCCGAGGUCCUGAGAAGCGCUGUCCCUCGGGCUCCUUCUGGUCUUGCCAGCGAGCAGAAGGGAGGGUGUCACUCACAGGGUUGCGGGGAACCCUCUUUGCAGAGGUGGAGCUGCCAGCUCUUCGGGAGAAGCUGCUCAUUUCCUUCCAGGAUUUUGUGUGGCAGAGACACGCUUCGCUGGGGGCAGCCAAGGACUCCUGCUUCCUGCAGAGAGAGAACUGCACCGGGGUGAUGCAGCUGCAUGGCACCCACUACACCAUGAACGGAACAGUGCUCGUCGACAGUCCUGGCUCCGGUGCCACCCUCUACAUCAAGUCAGCCUGCUCCCCUGGCUAUUCCGGCAUGAGGUGUGCAAGGCGCUGCCUACCCUGUCCUGGCACUCGCACCUGUAACCCCCUGAAUGGCCGCUGCGAAGGGCUCCUGAGCUGUGUCCACAGGGUUGGCCUUUCCUGUCUCCAUGGUCUCGUGAGUGGGAGGUGCCCCAGAGGAGCUGGCUGGUGGUACUGGGAUGGACAUUGUUACUAUGUGGAGGAGAGCGAUGCCAAGACAUGGCAGCAAGCGGAGGCAGCCUGCAGUGCCUCUGGAGAAGGCAUGGGGCUGCUGGCUCUCAACAGCCUGGAGGAGAAGGCCUGGGUGACAGCCAUGGUGCAGAGGGACAGCUGGACUGGGCUGAAUGACCUAGAUGGCGAUGGCAGCUGGACGUGGGCAGUGGCUCAGUAUGCAGAUGGUGCUGCCCCCUGGCUGGCUGGUGUGCCGCUCCUUCUAGGAGGCUGCGUGAGCAUCGGAGCCCUGGGGGACUCUGGCCUCACCGUGUCCAACUGUUCAGGACUCAAGCCAUGGGUCUGCGAAGGAGUGGAGGUUCCCUGGAGCCGCUGUCCCACAGAACCUGGCUGGAGACACUGGAAUGGUAGCUGCUACUACUGGGACUUGUCCUUGGCCAGCAGCACCUGGCAGGAGGGGCUGCAAGUGUGUCGGCAGUUCAGACAGACUGAGUUGCUGUAUCUGACCUCGCGCCAGGAGAAGGACUGGAUAUGUUCAAACUUCAGGGGUGUCUUCUGGACAGGCCUGAAUGAUCAGAUGGAUGAAUCCGUAUUUCAGUGGACUACAGGCGAUCCCAUCACCAGGCAGCUCGCAGAGCACUUACGAGACGACCUGGCAGAUGGCGGCCUGAAGGAUUGUGUGUGGCUGGAUACAGCAAGUGGACUUCUAACAGAUGCCAGCUGUGAGGAGAGAAAGCCAUUCAUCUGCAAGUGCAGCGAGGCUACCGAGUGGUUUGUGAAGCAGCUUGGCCGGGGCGUGGUGGGAGACCCAGCAUUCCUACACCCCUCUGCCGAGAGCCUGGAGAAGGCCAAGCAGGAGUGCCUCCGCGAGAGGAGCGUGUGCACAGCCGUUCUGCAGGCUGGGACAGGCUUCUACCUGAUCGGCUCCAUGGCUGGCAUCAUCUCCCGACCCAAUUCCACACUCUACAUAUGGACCAUAUGUGCUGAGGGGUUCAGCGGCCUGCGCUGUCACAGACACGCUGCCCCCCAGCAGCGACCAGCGUGUGACUGCAGUGGCAGAGUCCGGGUGUCAGCAACCCAAGUUUGUGGUGUCCCUGUGCAGAGCUGCAUUGACUACUGUCGCCACACAACAGCCCAGAGCAACUGCUCUCUCUGCCUGCCCGUCUGCUCUGAUUCCAGCUUGGGCAUCCUGGACCCCGAGGAGCUGGCUGUGGUGUCCAUGGUGCAGUACAAAGUGUCGCAAUCCCUCAAUCUCACCUCGGAGAACGAGCAUGAUCAAAUUAAUGCAUCUAAAAUAAUCUACCACAGCGCACUCCCUUGAGCAAUCCGUGCCUCAGGGAAUGCUGGGAAAGGGCAGAACAGUGACGGCUGUCCAGUUCUCGUCUUUCAAAUGUUUCCCCCGUUAUUCGCUUUCCCAUUCGGUUUUGUGCUGCUGUUUUGUUGUAAACAUGCUUGGUG